AUGCAGAAAUCACUCCCGAGACUCAAAGUGUUCAAACAGUCUCCAAUGGAGCUUAGCACCCAUCGGGACGCAUGCCUGUCCGUUCAGGGACAGGCUAGAAACGCCCAAUGUGUCUCCACCUUACCGCCUCUGCAACUGUCAAGCAGUGGCCUCAAGCAGGGUCACACAGGCUUUAAGAAAGUAUGUCGGACCGAGGAGGACAUCUUGUGUCCAUUUCCCGGGUUGCCAGCGGGCGUGCUGGAAAUGAGGGUGAAGGAGGGAAGUAAAAUUCGUAACCUCAUGGGUUUCGCCAUGGCACGGAUGCAGGAUGACACCGGGACCAGCGGUCAGACCGGAUUGAGACAGGUCGUGUUCAGCGGCUCAGGCCGGGCUGUCACUAAAACCAUCACAUGUGCCGAGAUCAUGAAAAGAAAGAUAGGUGGUCUUCACCAGAUGACUAAACUGCAGUACAAGGGCUUAAGAGAGGUCUGGGAGAGUCAGGAAGGAGACGACUCGGAGAUGACCGUCCACCGAACACUUCCCUCAAUCAGCAUCCUGCUCUCUAAAGACCCUCUGGACCCCCUGGAACCUGGUUACCAGCCCCCUGACAACGAGAAUGAGAGAACAAGAGAAGAAGCUUCACAGACAGUGGAGAAAAGACCUCUGGACUCUAUUGACUCUUUGAUGGAGCCACCAGGAAAAAGAUCCUGUCUUUAAGCAUUAUGGGU